CAACGAUGAAGUAUGUCUUGUUUUUCCUUCUGUUGUGCAUUUCAAAUACUUCAUUGAUGAAAAGUAAUCGAAAGGUGAUUGUCAUUGGUGCUGGUGCCGCGGGUAUAGCUGCUGCCUCGAAAUUGAUGCAGAAUGGGUUUGAUGAUGUCAUUAUUUUGGAAGUUGAGAACAGAUAUGGUGGGAGGAUUUAUUCAACGAGGAUAGGGGAGUACUGGGGGGAUUUGGGUGCCCAGUGGGUCCACGGGACAGAAGGAAAUGUUGUUUAUGAACUCGCUUCGCCAUUGGGUCUUCUCUCGACCUCACGCGGCCCAGGAGAACCCGAAGAGCCGCCUUUUCAAGUCAAACUUUGCGGAUCUUCGGGGAAUACAUUACCAGCGGAAGUCACGCAAGGUGUGUUUGAUUAUAUAGAUACUAUUAUGCAUAAUUACACAGGACUUGAGGAUUUGAAGACUGGUUCUGUUGGAGAAUACGUAGAAACCAGAUUCAAUGAGUGGUUGAAAACACAUCCGGAAAUUAACGAUGAGCUUCGCAAAUCACUGUUGCAUAAUGUAAAAUUAACGACGCUGUCAGAGGAGGGUGCAGAUGAUUGGAAUAAAGUAUCCGUAUUUGGAUCUAAAGAUGCUCCUGCGUGUUUGGGUUUCAAUGAAAUCAAUUGGAAGGAAAGAGCUUAUGAUACAAUUUUCGAUAUUAUGAUGAAACGGCACCCAAAUGCCGAAAACGAACUCCCUGUCUUAAAUAAAACAUUCUUGAACAAAAAAGUCUGCAAAAUAAAUUAUGCCGAGGAAGGGCCGGUGAGAGUGACUACUACAGAUGGGCAUGAAUACACAGCUGAUCAUGUUAUUUUUACUGGAUCGUUGGGAGUUUUGAAAGCUGAUCACGAGAAGAUUUUCGAGCCUUCGCUACCAGAGAAGAACAGAAAUGCUAUUCAGCGGAUUGGAAUGGGCAGAAAUGCUAAAAUUUUGAUGUAUUAUGAGAAUCCCUGGUGGAAACCACGAAAUCACACACUCAACUCGUUCUAUUGGACCGAGAAGGAUAGGAAAGAAAUUGAAAAUGACCCUGAAAGGAGUUGGAUAUUGGGAAUAAUAGACGACAGCAUAGUCGAGUACAAGCCGAAAUUGUACCUUCUCUGGAUGAGUGGACCCUACGCUGAGCAAAUGGAGCGAAUACCUGAUGAACAAUUCAAGAAACAAAUAGUGGAAUUUCUAAGAAAAUUCUUCGGAAGCACUUGCGAAAUCACAGAGCCAACCAAAAUUAUAAGAUCCUUUUGGAACACAAAUGACAACUUCCGGGGGACUUACAGUUAUCAAACUAUGCAAUCUGUUAGAACGCACGUGGGACCGCGUGAUCUUGGAGCGCCAGUAAUGCGUAAAGGGGUGCCUGUUCUGCAGUUCGCGGGUGAAGCUACUGAUCCGGCCCAUUUCUCGACUGUCCACGGCGCGAUAACUUCCGGCUGGCGUGAGGCGGAUCGCCUCAUAAAUUUUUAUAAUCAAAAAUUAUCUGACCAAUAAAGCAUUCUGCCAUUUUCAUUCCACUCUUUUUCUGCCCAUACGGAAAUAUAUAUAUUUUGAAAAUUAUAUAUUUUAUGUAUGGAAUUGACCUGAUUGAUAUAAAAGUUAUAUAAAAUAUAAAUUUAUAUAUGACGAGAAAAAAUGGACGAAUAGUAUUAUUGGAUGAAAUAGCAUUGGACCAAAAGAUAUUGGACCAAUGAAAAUUGGACGAAAAGUACCGCUCCCGUUCCAUAUAUAUUUUAUAUAAAUCUUAUAUAUAUUUGAAGAAUAUAUUAAACUGGCCAAAGACUGAGGCAGUCAAUUUACUUAUUUGUAGGCAGAGUAACCUUUUUUCUUUUGAUAAGACUAAUUGUAAGUUACGUUGUAAUUGAUACUAGUCAAAACGAAAAUUUUGUAUCUAGUUAUUAGAUCAGUCCCUAUGGCAUUUAUAUUUUUUUUUUGUGAUUACGCAAUAUUGUUUGUAACACGUUAUUAUACUCAACAUUUCUAUCUGGGAGUUAAUAUUAAAGGGAAGGGAACAAAAAUGUCAAGACCCGAGAGGGUAUACAUAUGGAUGAAUAAAAUAAAAUAAAA